AUGCGAAACCGCUCGCUGGGCUUAGAAUUGAACACUGCUGUCGACUGGGUGCCUGCGUCCGUCCACAAGCUGGACAGCACGGGCCUGGUGGCCCUAUGGAAUCAGGAGCACCCCGAAUUCCGGAUCUACCCGGGCGACGAGAUCAUCCGCGCAAACCGAAUCGUAUGGCACCACAAUUCCAAAGUCUUCGGGAGCCGCAUCGAGAGCCAGUUCAGCCACAUGGCGCAGAGGAGCUCGCCCUCGAACGAGGUCCUGUCGCUGCACGUCCAGAGGCCCAGAUCGGUGGUCGAGAAUCUAGAAGACAGGGUGUUCGUGAAGGAAGCCGGAGAGCAGGGCGGCCGACAGACCGCUAAUGUUUCGUACGCCAGGGGCUGGCUGGCGACGAUCCCCGUGAGCGUCGGCCACAGGCUGGGGCUGGAGCUGAACGCAACCGACGAUUGGCUUCCUGUCACGGUCGCGAAGAUCGAGAAGAUGGGGGCGGUUCACAUGUUCAACGAGGAUAACCCUGACGAUGCCCUCGUCCCCGGGGACCAGAUCUUCAAGGUCAACCACGUGAUGUGGAGGAGAACGACUCGCACGCGUUCGAGAAGCUCCUUGACCAGCAGUUCGCCGAGUCCGCCCAGAAGAGCAGCUCGCGCGAGGUACGACUGUGGGUCCAGAGGCCCGCGGGGGUCGACCCAGACGCCGGGUCAACCGAGGACGGACAAUGCAGAUUACAUGGAGUUCACCGCCGAGCUGGACGUCCCCACCACGCCGAGCGAGACCAUGGGCUGGGGGUUGAACGCCACGGAUGGCGCCCCGGUCUCCGUCGGCAAGAUCAUGCAGUUCGGCAGCGUCACCAAGUGGAACAAGGAGAAUCCAAUCUACGUACUGAAGGAGAUUGAGCCUGGCGAUCGGAUUGUGCAGGUCGAGGAUAACGUGUGGAGCAACGACACAAAGCCUUUCAUGAAGCGCCUCGGCUUGCAGCUGAAAUCGCGGGGCAAGCGAACCAUCUCGGUUUUAUUCCAGCGGUUCUUCAACGAAACCUCAGACGAAAAUGACGAUAACGGGGAGCUCGGGGACGGCGACGUCAUGGGUGCUGAACAGUAG